GAGGUCAAAUCAUGACGUCAGUGAUCUUCAAGUCGGAAAGUCGGAGCUUUAGAAAGAGGCCGAGGUGGAAUUCCAGAAGUCUUGGACGUAGUAAAGUCGGAAGUCGGAGCUUUCCGAGUUCACAGUUGUUUUGAACGCGGCAUCUCCCCUCUCCCUUCGCCGUGACGUAGGGUGCCUGCACAAUCCAACAUGGAGUAGCGAGCGAUGGGGCUCUCUCGGGGCCACCCCUCGGUAACGCCAGUGCCCAUUCAGCAACGCUCAACGGGCCGUCGAAACCCGGGCCCCCAGAAUUUAGGAGGCACAUUUUUUACUUCACCGUAUUAACCUAAGGAUUAUAAACUUUCGGAGAGUCUUUAUUUUACAGAAGCAACUGGUUGGCUUGACAAGAAAGGGACAGCCAGAGAGACCUACUGUAGUCGAAGACUGAAGCAACGAGCGUUGUGUAGUCACACAAAGGCAGCGGAAAGAUAGGCUUCUAUGCGGAAUAGAAGGGAAAGGACUGAGGAUAGGUGUUGAAAAAAAUGACGAGCAAAAAGUAUGCACCCGCAUUGGGAUAUUAUUAUUUCAGGUGAAACGAGAAAAUGAUAGAAGAAACACACCCAAACGAUGACAGCUACAUCGUGUGUGUAAAAGCCGUGGUGAUGGUGAGGGAUGAUUCCAGUGGAGGCUGGUUGGCCCAGGACGGGGGGGCUCUGAGUAGAGUGGGAGUCUGCAGGGUCCUGCCCCCCGAGCUGGGGCUGGGGCUCGUCCCCCUGGAUCGCUCCCACUUCCUCAUCCAUGGAGAACGGCUACGGGACAAACAGGUGAUCCUGGAGUGUGCUCUGAGGAAGAACCUUGUGUACACCAAGGCCACGCCCACCUUCCACCAUUGGAUGGUGGAGGACAGGAGGUGUGGCCUGACGUUUCAGAGGCCUGCUGAUGCCCGGGCCUUCGACAGGGGCGUACGGAAAGCCAUGGAGGACAUGAGAGAAGGCUCCACGACGUCCUCCUCAACACUCCAGAAUGAGGCUGAACUGGGCGACGAUGACGUGUUCACCAGCGCCACAGACAGCUCAUCUAACUCCUCCUCCGAGAGACUGGAGCCCUGUCUGCAGCCACUGGACUCCUCCCCCCUCGCUGACUCAUCCCACCUACACAACAACUGCAUCCUGGGAAACGACCUCCACGAACCCUAUAGGUUGUCAGACCACUACUUCCUAGAUCUGCCUCUGCCCCACAUCCCUCGCCACGUCACCUUCCAGGAUGACGAGGAGAUCGUCAGGAUCAACCCUCUAGAACGUUCCUGGGAGCUCCCAUCGGAAUCCUCCUCCCGCUCGGAACUCCGUAUGGACCAACUAGAACGCUCCUGGCUCACGGGCUAUGAGGACUACCGCCACGCCACCGCGCGUCACAAAUACAUCCGCCCGCCGGACGACUCUGAGUCCUAUGUCCACUUCGCUAAGAGCGAGCCCCACAAACACCACUAUAGUUAUCCCCAGGUAUCCACACCGUUAGAUUCCUCCGACCCCAAACCUACCUUCAGACCUUUACCCAAGAGGCACCACUACGCCGGCUUGGGUUCGCAACACCGCCGUCCAGGGGAGCAGGGCUUCGGUGGUGGCGUGGUCUCUACCCAGCCCCAGCCACUCCUCCCUGGCUCGUCUGAUGGACAGGACAAGAAGUCUGUGGAGGGCGGGUUUGGCGAGCGCCUGCAGUGCCAGUACUGUGGUGAAACGUUCUACCGCGGUAACAACCGACGGGGGCGCUGCCAGGAUGCACCGGACCCGAUCAGGGCGUGCGUCCGGCGGGUCAGCUGCAUGUGGCUGGCCGACACACUGCUGUACCACUGCAUGUCUGACCCGGAGGGGGACUAUUCGGACCCCUGCUCCUGUGAGGGGGGUGGCGAGGGGAGGCUGGGCACGCGCUGGGCAGCUCUGCUGGGGUUGUCCCUAGUGGCGCCGUGUCUCUGUCUGUACCCGCCCCUUCACGCCUGCCACCGGGCCGGGGUGGCGUGCGGGUGCUGCGGGGGCAGGCAUGAAGCCUCAAUGACAUAAACCUUACACAACCCCAAAAAACACAUG